UGCUGUGUGGAGUGGCCGUGUUUUUCCUGUCCGCUCCACCGUUCUCGCUUUAUUUCCAUUUUCCCCUCAAUUACGCCCGUCUGUUUGGACGGACGGACGGCAUUUCCCCUGUGUCGUCAUAUUCUACCAGAACGUGACAUCGCUCUUUCAGGAUCCGGAAAUGACUGCAACGUCCAAACUCAAAUUGACGUCGCAGCUGAGCGUCCGCCAGUUGGCGACGGGACAGUGAAGAAGAGACGAUACUCCUCGUACAAUUUGCCAGUAAUCAUAUAUAGUCCAUACAACUUGGUUAAUAAGAGACCAUCAUGCCGUGCUCAACUCACGGAGACGCCCUCGCAAACUGUCAAACAGUGACCAGUAAUGACCAUGGCAACGGCACUGACAACAAUUACAUCAACGAGACGGAAACCUCUGUGGGAUUCACGUUCAUGGACACGACGUCCAAUAGUCCCGCCACUACGAAACCGAUCAACAACAGCAACAUUGCAGUUUAUGACAGUUCCAGCAAUAAUAACUGGACAGACUUAUUUUCCACCGUCGAUUCGAUGCUGGCGAGUUCCCCGUCUGGCAACGGCACCAUCGGAGCCAGCGGCGGCGGCGGGGCUGGAGGAUUCGGCUCCGAAGUGAUGAUUCCCCUCUACUCCGUCAUCUUCAUCCUGUCGGUGCUGGGCAAUAUCCUCGUCAUCGUCACACUGACGCAAAACAGGAGAAUGCGAACCGUCACCAACGUCUUUCUCCUCAAUCUAGCCAUCGCCGACCUUCUACUUGGCGUCUUCUGCAUGCCUUUCACGCUCAUCGGCCAGCUGUUGCGGGAUUUCAUUUUCGGGAGCUUCAUGUGCAAAACCAUACCCUAUUUUCAAGCUGUUUCGGUCGCAGUCGGCGUUUGGACGCUAGUGGCCAUCUCGCUGGAGCGUUACUUUGCUAUAUGCAGACCUCUCAAGUCUCGCAUCUGGCAAACCAGAUCUCACGCCUACAAAAUGAUCAUCGCCAUCUGGAUCCUCAGUCUCUCAUUGUGUCUACCCGUGGCCGUUCUCAGCCGCCUCAAACCCAUCAGAGAAACAGGUAGGCACAAAUGUCGAGAAGAAUGGCCCGAUGCUGUCAGCGAGAAAGUAUACAAUCUGCUAUUGGACGUGAUUUUGCUCGUCCUGCCACUGCUCAUUAUGGGGUUGGCCUACUGGUUAAUUGCCGCUCGUCUGUGGAGAGGACUGCGUCACGAAACAAGCAGCAGCGUUAAUACAAAUACGGGAAGUCGUUUGCAGACAAUGAUGGCAGCUGCCGAAUCUUCCGCUCCUCUCGAGAAUAUCUGCGGCUCAUCAUGUACAGAACGAUGCCAAGAGCCCGAUUCCACGAUCCAGUCAGACAGCCUAACCAGCCAUAACUUCCCACGCGCAAGUCCAAAUACAGCAAAGAAAUCUACCGUAAUUCAAUGGCCGCUGCGAAGCAAUCACCGUCAUCUUUGUUGCCAUCCUCAAUUGGAAAGGACCAUCACUCAGCAGCAGAGAAGCGGAAACGGAACUGCAUGGAGAGGAGGCUCUCAAUCACAGCAGGGCAACCAACAAAGGGCAACGUCUGUCCAGAUUAUGGACUAUCGCUUGGCAGCUCGAUACGGCGUCCGAUCUACUUACACGGACAAAAGCGUCUGGGCCAAGAAAAAAGUCAUUCGAAUGCUCUUCGUCAUUGUUUUUGAAUUUUUUCUGUGUUGGGCGCCACUUUACGUCGUCAACACCUGGUAUACCUUUGAUCCUGCUAGUCUCUACGAGCAAAUGGGUCCAACAGAGAUAGCGCUGACCCAGCUUCUGGCUUAUUUGUCGAGUUGCUGUAAUCCCAUUACCUACUGUUUUAUGAAUGAGAAGUUUCGUAACGCAUUUCUCAGCGCCUUCGGAUGUGGACCACAGGGUCGGGGAUUCGGACGCGCUCCUAAUCGUAGUACCGAUCUUCUGUCAGCUUCGUUCAACGACAGCUUCAAUCUCGGUCGACGAACUACAAAUAAAGGUCAGCAUCGCGAUCGUCAUGUCGUCUUGUGUCUACUCCAGGAAACGCACGUUUGACCACCAAUUCCACAACGAUCGUCGAGACGGCCCUUUUUGAUGGAGAAAUCGGAACUAUCCUACAGACAACUAGACCUUCCCAUGCAGAUUAGGAGUCACGAAGAGAAUGUUCUUCUUAAAUUCAUUCCAUAUCCGGUUGGAUGAAAAAUAAAAGCUGCUAGUGGUGAUACCUGAAGGGAGCCUGGAAGAUUCAAAGAUGGGGCAGCUGCAGAUCAACAUGAAAUUCAGAGAAGAAUUUGACAUUAACACCUAUUCGAUCUCAGUUCAAAAAUUCAUGGAUGUUAUUUAAGCUAUUAUUGUGAUUGAUGUUUAAUAUUUGAUCAAUGUCAUAUCCCAAAUCAUCC